UCUUGAGAGAACAAGAAGAGAAGGGUCAGACCCAAGCACUUUACCAGACAGCAGCAUUGUGCUAGUCAAAUGUUAGUGUGAUUGAGUGCAACUAGAGGAAAUCAAGCCCAUUUCCUGCUCUGUAGCUGUUGUUUGUCAUGUGUACGAGUACGCAUUGCUAACGUUGAUGGAUGUGAUAGAUUGAUUGAUAGAAGGUUGAUGGAACGUUGCUGGUGGAGCGGGGAAGAUUGAUGGGGUUGCUGUGGUUGAUGCUGGUUUGGGGCUAGGUGCACUUGUGAUAUUUAGUCUCAAAUAGAGAUGGAGAGGGAAGAAGAACACGAAGUUAAAGAGGAGCACUCCAAAACCCCAGAUGUGAAGGUCCCCAGCAAAUCAGAGACCAAGCGCUACAGUGAGAUCUUCCGGGACUUCGAUAAUUUUGAACUCUCUCUGGUCAACUCCACUGUAGAGGAGAUGUUUCUAGACCCUGACUCCCAGUCAAUCGCUGAGACCGUCUCUACGGCAACCACCGACAACACCGAGCUGGAUCACGUGACGUGUGAGGAUGUCUACCCCCCAGAUGGUGAUGACAAAGACGGAGGUCUAUCAGCCCAGGAAGCAGACCUGGCCCUGUGUCGCUGUGAGGGAGGCGUGGAGCUGGCCCUGCAGUAUGCCAAGAUGUGGUGCCGCUACGCCAAGGACCUGCUGGCCUGGAUGGAAAAGAGAAUCAGCCUGGAGCAAGAGUUUGCCAAGAACAUCGUAAAGGCAGCAGAAACAGCUAAGUCCUGUGUGGCUCAGCAGGACAUGAUGCCUCUGCAGUACAUCUACACCAUGGCCCUGGAGCACGACGUGAAGACCAGCCAGUCUACUAAACAGACAUCAGAACUGCUGCAGCAACGCUGCUACCAGGCCCUGGCAUCCAAGAAGAAUGAGAUUGAUAAGUGGCGCAGGGAGUUCAAGGAUCAGUGGUCCAGAGAACAGAGGAGGAUGAAUGAGGCGGUGGCGGCUCUGAAGAAGGCUCGUCAGCAGUACCUGCAGCGCAGCGAGGACCUGGAGAAGACCAAGGCGGUGACGGCCAAGGCCGGGGACGAGCUCACAGCGGGAAACAAGACCCUGGACAAGAGGAGGAAGUCACGUGACGACGCACAUUCAAAGGUGAUAGAGGCAGAGAUGCAGUACAGACAGUGUGUGUGUGAGGCCCAUGACCACCAGGACAAGCUGGAGAGAUUGAAGGAGAAAAUCAUAGUUCACACCCGCAAACUCAUCUGCCAGGGGGACACUGUGCUAAAGGAGGCCACAGUGAACAUGUUCUACUUCCAGCGUCAGCAGACGGAGCCGGUUCCCCUGGGCUACCACAACCUGGAGUUGACCUGCAGGCCGUGUGAACCCGGGGAGCCCUACCUGCUCUACAUCUCCAGUAAGAAAAGCCAAGAACAUCCCCUACAAACCUUCACCUUCCAGGAGUUUGUCCCUCAGAACAAGAGUGGCCGUCGUAAGACCAGCAACCCCAGCUCUCUGCAGGACUCCUUCUCCCUGCCUGAAGAAAGUCUAGUUAAACGAAAGGGCUACAGUGACAGUGAGAGCAUAGGAGGCAGUCUGGAAUCUCUGUCCAGCCCAGCCCAUGGCAACAGGAUGCUUCUUAAAGCCCCCUCCACAGGGACCAUGUCAUCAGACGACCUGGAUGAGAGGGACAUGGGCACCGUCCUGGAAGGAGAUGGUGUGGACACCACUCCUGAGGGGAACGGUGCGGUGGGGAAGGUACGGACUACGUCCCGAGCCGCGCUGACGCCCCGAUUCCGGAAGAUGAAGAGCAAGAUGGUGAAGUGCAAACAGUGUGACACCUACAUCGUGGUCAACGGCAUCGAGUGUGAGGAGUGUGGCGUGGCCGUCCACAGGAAGUGUCUGGAGGUGUUACAGCAUGAGUGUGAGAACAGGAAGGGCGUUCUGUUUGGCGUGGGUUUCUCCCUGUUGCCCCGGGACCGGCCUGACGAGGUGCCCUAUGUGGUCCAGCGCUGCACGGCCGAGAUAGAGAGCAGGGCCCUCACUCUACAGGGGGUGUAUCGUAUCAGUGGGUCGAAGCCUCGUAUCCAGAAGCUGUGUCAGGUCUUCGAGACCCAGGGGGACCAAGUCGACCUCUCUGACCUUUCACCUCAUGACGUCACCUCGGUCCUCAAACACUUCUUCAAGGAGCUUCCAGAGCCGCUGUUGACCUUUGACCUGUACAAUGACUUCAUCGGGGUGGGCAAGGAGAUCCAGCGUCUCAGUGAGAGGGAGGCGGCAGCAGAGACUCCUGGGAUAGUGAAUGACCUCACAUAUAACCUGAGAGACCUGCUGGAGAGACUGCCCCCAUACCGCUACUACACACUGCAGCAUAUGAUGCGUCACCUUCACAGAGUAUCAGAGAACUACGAGGAGAACAAGAUGUCUCCCAGUAACCUGGGCAUUGUGUUUGGUCCGACCCUGCUGCGCCCGCUGGUGUCUGUAGACGUGUCCAUGGUGGCCCUACUGGAGACCACCUACCAAGCCCUACUGGUGGAGUUUCUCAUCACACACCACCAACACAUAUUUGAUGCUCCACCUCCCGCCCCCACCACCCCCCUCCCUGACACCCCUCCCCGGGCGAUGUGUUCAGGGGGGGGCCAGAAGACUGUUGCUGGGGUUGACCCUGGGUCCCAGGACCCCCCCACUAGAGGAGCCUCGUCCAAAGAACGCCCCCGUUCCCUAGAGACUCGUACAAUCAAGAGAGACUCGAGCGAGGGUUAUAUAUCUGACAAGUCGUCGUCCAAUGAGGCAGUGGACCAGCUCAGCCCUGAAGCCAGUGAGAGAGCAGUCGUGGCUGUGAGGGGGGCAUCAACAGAGGCUGCUGCUCUGGGUGAUCUGGUAGGGGGUCCAGAGCCAGCUGACUCUCCCUCCGUGGGGACCCAGCCACGGAGCCACUUCAACAGGCAGCCUGUCAAGUACCAGCGCCAACCCACACCGGGUCUCCGCCGCUCCGCGGGCACUACCAGUUCCGGGCAGCUCGGGGAAGAGGAGGAUGAGGAGGAGGAUGAAGAGGAGGAGAGGAAGAGAAACCAACUAAAGAGCGCAGACAGCAGCCGUAGCCCUUCCCCAGAACCUGAACCUGUUAGCCAGAGAAGGAGAAUCCUUCGAUUGGAGCUUCCCCCCGAGACAACCGCCACCCACCUGCUCAGCCAGGCUGGAGGCCACGCCCCAGAGAGCCAGACGGAAAGAGAGAACACACGCCCAUAUGAGGUUCCACAGGGCAGGCUGCGGGCAGGGACAGUGGUAGUAGAAACAUCAGUAGCUGAAACAACAGCAGUAGCAGCAGGAGUCAAUCUGACACCGAGCACCGGUGCUCAGGAGGCGGGGCUUAGGAGUUGGUCUGCCACAUUGUCUCAGCUGAACGUGAACCAGUCCAAUAACAGGCAGGGGUGGGUGGGUGAGAGGCGGAGACUGAGCGGAGAGGAGGGUCUGAGUGGCCCGGCCCGGAAGAUCCUGUCAGGGCUGAAGCUCAGACGUAGCCACUCAGGACUGCAGCAACACUUUGUCUGAGGAGGAGGAAGGUUGGAACCAUAGAAUUAGAAUCACAUUCGAGAAUGGACAUUCGCCAUUCAAGUCAACAUUCCAUAGACUGACAGGAUUCUAUUUCUAUGGUUAAACCCAUAGAAGGGAUGAAUUGUAUUGUGUAACGUCAAGUGUUUUUUACAAAUACAGUGAAAAAUGACAUACACUCAUGAUUACUCGAGAAUACUCAUAAAUACAGAACAUACUAACAUACAGUACCAGUCAAAAGGUUGUACUCACCUACUCAUUCAAGGGUUUUUCUUUAUUUGUACUAUUUUCUACAUUGUAGAAUAAUAGUGAAGACAUCAAAACUAUGAAAUAACACAUAUAGAAUCAUGUAGUAACAAAAAACUGUUAAACAAAUCUAAAUAGAUUUUAUAUUUGAAAUUCCCGCGAAGUAGCCACCCUUUGCCUUGAUGACAGCUUUGCACACUCUUGGAGUUCACUCAACCAGCUUCAUGAGGAAGGCACCUGUAAUGCAUUUAAAUUAACAGGUGUGCCUUGUUAGAUAGCCCUAUUUGGUAAAAGACCAUAUUAUGGCAAGAACAGCUCAAAUAAGCAAAGAGAAACGACCGUCCAUUACACAUACUUUAAGACAUGAAGGUCAGUCAAUUUGAAAAAUUUCAAGAACUUUGAAAGUUUUUUCAAGUGCAGUCGCAAAAGUCGUGUAGACCGCCACAGGAAAGGAAGACUCGGAGUGACCUCUGCUGCAAAGGAUAAAUUCAUUAGAGUUCACUGCACCUCCGAUUGCAGCCCCAAAAAAAUACUUCACGGAGUUCAAGUAACAGACACAUCUCAACAUCAACUGUUCAGAGGAGACUGCAUGAAUCAGGCCUUCAUGGUCGAAUUGCUGAAAUAGAAACCACUACUAAAGGACACCAAUAAGAAAAAGAGACUUGCUUGUGCCAAGAAACACAAGCAAUGGACAUUAGACCGGUGUGAAUCUGCCCUUUGGUCUGAUUAGUCCAAAUUUGAGCUAUUUGUUUCCAACCGCUGUGUCUUUGUGAGAUGCAGAAUAGGUGAACGGAUGAUCUCCGCCCGCAUGUGUGGUUCCCACAGUGAAGCAUGGAGGUGGAGGUGAUGGUGUGGGGUUGCUUUGCUAGUGACACUUUCAGUGAUUUAUUUAGAAUUCAAGGAACAUUUAUCCAGCAUGGCUACCACCGCAUUUUGCAGCGAUACGCCAACCCAUCUGGUUUGUGCUUAGUGCGACUAUCAUUUGUUUUUCAACAGGACAAUGACCCAAAGCAAACCUCUAGUUUGUGUAAGGGCUAUUUGACCAAGGAGAGUGAUGGAGUGCUGCAUCAGAUGACCUGGCCUCCACAAUCACCCGACCUCAACCCAAUUGAGAUGGUUUGGGAUGAGUUGGAACGCAGCGUGAAGGAAAAGCAGCCAACAAGAGCUCAGCAUAUGUGGGAACUCCUUUAAGACUGUAAGAAAAGCAUCCCUCGUGAAGCUGUUUGAGAGAAAGCCAAGAGUGUGCAAAGCUGUCAUCAAGGCAAAAGGAUAGCUACUUUGAAGAAUAUAAAAUAUAUUUUAAUUUGUUUAACACUUUUUGGGUUACUACAUGAUUCCUCCAUAUGUGUUAUUUCAUAGUGUUGAUGUCUUCACUAUUAUUCUACAAUGUAGAAAAUAGUCAAAAAUAAAGAAAAACCCUGGAAUGAGUAGGUGUGUCCAAACUUUUGACUGGUACUGUAACUCAUCACAGUUAUGUACACAGAUAUAUAAAUGAAAAGCUCACCAAAGGGCCUACUCACACUGUCCAUACGCACUGUCUAUAUACACAGACACACAUAGCCAAAUCUAGACUUUAAAUAAUUAAGCCCCAUACUGUAUGUAUAAUUUGCAUCAACAUCCGUUGUAAACGCUAUCAUCAGGACUUCCAUGACAAUUCCAGUCAUGCACACUACACUGUGUGUGUCUUCAAUAGAAACCAAACUGAACCAAAUGGGGAGGGACCUACCUGAAUAUGUCCAAUAGAAACUCUGGUAGCACUUUAUAGCAACUCCACGUAAUAAAGCAUUUGUAAUGGAUUAGUAAAUAGUUUAUUCCUUUUUUUUUCUUAAUCAAUUCUCCAUUCAUAAGAUGUUUAAUAUAGGUCAUCGAAGCCAUUUGAAGAAGCAUUAGUUACGUCGUUUUGCGUGGCCUCAUAUAAAUGGUGUGCAAUUUACACUUUAUAAAUGUUCUGAGUGAUCAGUGUAAUUUCUCACAAAAAGAUGGACAUUGGUAGACAGACAGCUGUACCUGAUGCUCCUUAAUUAAGGUCUGAAACAUACAGUAUCAAUGGUACAAGAACAAGUACACAACACGGGAUGUUUAAAGGUCCAAUACAGACGUUUUUAUCUCAAUAUCAAAUCAUUUCUGGGUAACAAUUAAGUACCUCACUGUGAUUGUUUUCAAUUGAAAUGGUCAAAAAGAAACAAAACGUAGAUUCUUAGCAAACAGCAAUUUCUCAAGCAAGAAUUUUGCUAGUGGUCUGAGUGGGGAGGGGAAAACAUAAAAACUAGCUGAUAUUGGCAGAGAAUUUUGGAAGCUCUUAUACUAAAAGGGCAUUAUCAUAAUUUCCACAAUUUCACUGAAUUAUUCCAAUCUCAUAUUGUGGAAAUAUAUAUAAAACACAGGAAAAUCUAGUGUUUGACUGGACUGGGCCUUUAAAUUAAGGAAAUAUAUCAAACAUUUUAUUCACGAAAACUUGUAGGAAGAGGUGUAAUGUAGAGAGAGGUCUGCACCAGACUGAUUUAUUCAUCCCGCUCCUGCCUGCACCCGCUCUCGCCCACACCAGCAGUUUUUCAUACCGCUGCUGGCUUUCUGUCCGACUCCCACCCGCUACUGCAAGAACUGGUCCCGAACCCAACUGCAGUCCCGCAAUGUUCUUUUAUGCUUAUGUGGCCCCGCUCACUCCACCCUGUCUCGCACAGGAAUGCAGCCCUCUAUUGUAACGUGAAUGUUUUGCUAAUCUUGUCACCUCACAAACGCAAACGAGUCAUACAACUGGGAGAUGUAGCCUACACACAACAGCUGGCCAGAUCGGUUGUUCUCUCUUAUUCAUUCAUGACUACUGAUAGGCCUAUGUGAUUGAGGUAGAUAUGUUCCAUGUAUGAUUUGCAGAUAGAAAUGUGACAUGUGGAACUUUUAAAUCCUUCCAGUCUUUUAACCACACACUAUUUUCACACGGCUUUGUUUUUUGGUGACACUUUUACUGGGCCUUUAAAAUGUAGUCACUCUUUAAACAUAAUGGCAUAGUUCAGCUAAAUGAUGAAUUCAGAUAUUUGUUUCCCUACCUCGCAAGCUGUAUAUUGACUGACUGCUCCACGCGUUGGUUUUGGUAGAAAUGUCAAUGCCAAGAAACGCUAAUGAUAGCAUUUUCAGACGAAAAAACGUUGUUCUACUCAGCAUAGAAUGUGUCUGAAGUUACACAUCGCACUAUUAUUACAACAGUGUGACUGUUUCGGAAUAAAAUGUUCAAUAUAUUUAAAAAAUCAUCUGUAUUGUGUGCUUAUUGUUUAACCAUUGAUAUGUUCUAGGGGCCAUUUUGAGACCUGCAGCAGGUACUGCUAGAAUGUCUACCAAUGAAUGGCAUGUCCAUCUUUUAAUGAGAAAUUACACUGGUCACUCAAAGCGUUUAUAAAGUAUAAAUAGCCCACACUUUAGAUCACGCCACGCAAAAAUAGUUAACUAAUGAUUAGACAAUGGUUUAUACGGACCUAUAUUAAAAUUGAAUGAAUGAGUAAUAACUAAUAAAUGAUGCAUGAGCUAUUUUACUAAUCCAUUAUAAAUGCUCUAUUACAUGGAUUUAUUAUAAAGUAAUACCGACACAUGUUUCCAUUGUGAAACGUUUUGCUACUGUACGGUGUGCACUAAUGAAUACACACUAUAUCUCUAACAAGCCAGGAUUGGGCCGGAAACCAAUAGCCAGCUCUGGUAUAGAAGGGACUCCAUUAACCUAAAUAUAGCAGGAGAAGCACUGUAAUAACCUCUUUAAGGAGAAGUCCACGUGUUUCAUCCCAAAUGGCACUCUAUUCCCAGUAGUACACUACUGUUGACCAGUGCCCUAUGUAAGGAUUUGGAACUAGGGUUCCAUUUAGAACACAUCUCACUGUAACCCCUUUAACGAGGAAGAAACACUCUCUCUCCUGAGUUCAGGCGAACUAGUUUCUAUGGGGGGGGGGGGUCAUUUUUUUGUAAAGUUAAUCUGGACUGCUCUGAAAUAUUUGUAACUGUAACUAUGAACUGCUCUGAAUAUUUGGAUAGAGUUUGAGAGUUUUUUGGGGAAAAGUAUGCUCUAUGCAGCAGCGCACACAAAGACGAAGGCUAGAUAGACUGCCCACUUACGGUCGCAGGGCUAGACAAUAAAUCACUGUCUUUACUAUAACCUCAUCAUCUUGAUGAAUUCUGUAAAAAGUCCCCCCCCCCCCUCCAGUUCUGACACGAGUGUUUCCUGCACUGUUCGCUAUUCCCUUAAUAACGUGAAUGCCAAGGCUUCCACUGUAAGCAAACGGUCGAUACAUGUGCGAUUUUUCUAUUAGGGUUUUAUAGGAAGCUCAUCGGAAUGCUGUACGAUUUCUAUUAAUAAACACAUAUAAAGAUGUACUUACAUUGAGCUUCCCUUGUAUUCCAUAUUCCAUAUUAAACUUCUAACUACAA